CGCAGCAGCGCUUAGCGAAGGCGAGUAGCACAGCAACAGAAGCCAACUAGCGCAGAAAAGAGUCGGCGAAGGGUUGACUGAAUGAAAAUUCAACUAGCUAGCUACAUCGAGUGUAGUUUUAGGAAAGUGCCACCCUCCCCGUAAAUAUUUAUAUUUUAUAAGCAACAAACAUUACAGUUUGAUAAUAGUUCAUAUUCGUGUUUACUGUAUAGCCACGAGAGGUUAGUACAAUCCUAAAAGAGCGAGGAUGUUGGUCCCCGCGGGAAGAUAAUGAAGCGGUUGCGCGUUUUGUUGGCGUGCCUCAUCCUGUGGUGGUACCCCAGUCGUAAUGUGUGUUGUUCAGAGCACAGUUCGUCAGCUCCAGGUGUGUCUAGUGGCGAAAAGCAGCCUCCCAGAGCAUCAUCAUGAGCAGUACCACAGGACUGACCACAAGGAGGAGUCGUCGAGGACACACACACACACCUACGACGUGGAACUGGAGACAAAGACGGCUACACUAGAGGAGCCCAACACACACAACACUGAACAGACUGUGAACCAGGAGGAGCCUGUGGUGGUCUGGUCUGCCCCAGAACCACACCUGGAUCCUGAACCCCCCGCUGCUGCUGCUGCUGAGCCACACUCGCACAACACACACCUUCACACACACAUCCACACAGACCCAGAGCCCGAUACACAACCCACUCCCCUCCAGAACCAGGCACCUGCACCCUCAUCCCCCUCCACCCCACCGCUCAGCGACGACCCAACCCAGGGACAGGCCUCCACAGAUCACACAGGCCCGGUCGAGACCCCCAGUGAUGCACCGGCAGACCCCAGCCCAGCCCCUUCUACAGAAGACCCCCAACACACACCUACCUCUACCUCUUACAUCCCUGCUCCAGCCCCAUCCAGUUCAAUAGAGGUUGCCAGAUCUGAUCCCGCGGUAGAGGAUUCCCCUGUAGAAGUUGCCAGUGCUGAAGCCGAUCCCUCUUUAGCGGUUGCCAGUGCUGGAUCUAAUUCCUCUCUAGAGGGCAAUGUUUUCGCUGAUCUCUCUGGCUCUCAGUGUGGGAUGAUUCCCCACAACCUGGCAACCCAAACCCCUCCUUUUGGCAGCUCGCCCACGAGUGGUGAUGGUGACUCUGUAGAGAGCCAGUCAGAACAGGGUCAAAGUCAGGUUGCUCCAGGUUCUGAUGCUGAUGUCCAGGUGUCUCCUAGCCCAGAAGACCCCGACCAGGGCCUACCAGAGCUGGACCAGGGGGGAAACACAUCCCACAGGCACCAAGACACAGGCCAAGACCAGCAGGCAGUGGAUGAGGCAGUGGAUGCCAGUGGUAAGGAGACGGACCCCUCAGUGCCCAGUAAGGAGGACAUCCCAACCUUCGACGAGUGGAAGAAACAAGUCAUGGAAGUGGAGAAGGAGAAGACUCUGUCCCUCCAUACCUCCUCCAGCGGCUGCCCCCCUGUGAAGAAGGUGCAGAAGAACUUCAAAAACAACUAUGCUUCUGUGGAGUGUGGAGCUAAGAUGCUGUCAGCUAAUACCGAGGCCAAGAGUACCUCAGCUAUCCUCAUGGAGAAUAUGGACCUGUACAUGCUGAACCCCUGCAGCAACAAGAUUUGGUUUGUAAUAGAGCUGUGUGAGCCCAUCCAGGUGAAACAGUUGGACAUCGCUAACUUUGAACUCUUUUCCUCCACGCCGAAAGACUUCCUGGUCUCCAUCAGUGACAGGUAUCCCACCAACAAGUGGGUGAAGUUGGGAACGUUCCACGCCCGUGAUGAGCGCACAGUCCAGAGCUUCCCAUUGGACGAACAGCUCUAUGCCAAAUAUGUCAAGAUGUUCAUCAAGUACAUAAAGGUGGAGCUCAUCUCCCACUUCGGAUCAGAACACUUCUGCCCCCUCAGCCUCAUCAGGGUGUUUGGUACCAGUAUGGUGGAGGAAUACGAGGAGAUUGCAGAUUCCCAGUACCCCUCAGAGAGGCUGGAAUACCUUGAUGAGGAUUAUGACUACCCACCUGGCUACCUCCACUCUGAGGACAAGGGUUCUAAAAAUCUGCUGGGCUCUGCCACAAAUGCCAUUCUCAACAUGGUCAACAACAUAGCAGCCAACGUUCUGGGAGGCAAGCCUGAGGAUGGAGGAGCACAGCUGGAAACCAACGCAUCAUCAGAAGCCCAGAACCAAACCGAGGGGAAUAAGGAGGUGCUGCUCACACCAACCCCUACCAUCACCACCCCUCCUCCAGCAGUGGAGCCAGACCACCCCGUUCCCCAGGAGGACCCUGAUCUCGCCCUCUCCUCCCCUGACUCCCCCCUACCUAACCCCUCGCCGGAGGAUGGACAGAUCGUGACUCUGGUGGUGGAGGAAGAGGAGCCCCGACAGUCCACUGUGACUCUGAUGGAGGAAGAGGGGGAUGAUGAUGAGGAGAGAGAGGUACAGUGGAUGAGGGAGAGCCAGCUGUACUGUCCUCUCUCCUCCGUGUCUUCCCUCUCUUCUAUCUCCUGUGUGGCCACGCUGCCGGAGCUGCUACGGCGCUGGUGUGACGCUUGCCUCACCAGAGAGAGAGAGCGCGGUCUCCGCAAGAGGCUGCAAGACACGUACACACACACCCCCAUAGACACUCCCUUACCCACACACACCACCAUACAGGACCCUGUCCCCACCGCCACACACACCCAGGAAGCCCCAACACACACACAGCCGGUCCCUGAUCCUGAGACGGCCCCCCGGGCCCAAAACGAGGUUCUGUCUCCUACAGACUCACACAAUCACACAGACACACACCCUGUGGACCCCAUCAUUGUUCUGGAGCCUAGCCGGACCUCUACCCUGCCCCCCCACAGCUUCUCUCACACCUCCCUCUCCAAACCCACCCCUACCCAGGACGAAGCUCCCCGGCCCCCCAGCCAAGACGACCCCGUCCCCCCUCCAGCCCUGCAGGGAGCCCCUGUCCCAGAGGCCCAGCAGGCCAGCACCCCCAACCCUUCCCCCAGUCCCACUACCCCCCUCCACCCCCCAACUUCUGAGACAGCUUCCCUGGACCUCCCUCCACUCUCCCUGAAGGAGCAGCCAGUCCAGCCCCUCCCCACUGCCUCCAGACCUGCAGACAUCCCCCCUCCCACCGAACUCCCUGUGCCCCUCCAGCCCGACACACACGCAGAGCCACACACACCCAGGGCUGGGGUAGAAAGUGGAGACCUCAAGGACCAAGGGGAGCAGGGCGACUCCUCUCCCCAGCCAGCAGAGCACCCACUUAGGGAGGAGUCCAUGGAGGACCUGCUACUUAGCGUCCCGGUUACUGCUAACGGACAUUUACACCGGACAGCUACGGACUUCUACGCUGAGCUGCAGAGCACAGGGGAGUAUAUCGGAGGGAAUGGAGGCGUGAACGGAGGAGUGAACGUGCACGGCUCCAGUCAGAAGGAGAGCGUGUUCAUGAGGUUGAACAACAGGAUCAAAGCCCUGGAGAUGAACAUGUCCCUCAGCAGCAGAUAUCUGGAGGAACUCAGCCAGAGGUAUCGUAAGCAGAUGGAGGAGAUGCAGAGGGCCUUCAACAAGACCAUCAUCAAGCUACAGAACACCUCCCGCAUCGCUGGAGAACAGGACCAGAGGCAGACAGAGUCAAUCCAGAUGUUACAGGGCCAGCUGGAGAACGUCACCAAGCUGAUGAUCAACCUCAGCAUGACUGUCUCACAGUUACAGAAAGAGGUGUCCGACCGACAGAGUUACCUGGUGGUGUCUCUAGUCCUGUGUCUCUGUCUGGGCCUGGUGUUCUGCCUGCAGUGCUGCCGGAGCGCCAACACACAAACCACCACACACACCGCAGUCAACCACUACCCCAGCCCCAAGAGGUGUUUCUCCUCCUAUGAGGAUAUGAGUCUGAAGCGGAGGAUAUCGUGUCCUCUCGUACGCUCCAAGUCCUUCACCUUUCCUACUUCAGAAGUAGGCCCCGACGACCUAUACAUUGUUGAACCUUUAAGGUUCUCACCAGAGAAAAAGAAGAAACGAUGUAAACUGAAGGCAGUAUUAUCAGCUCCCUCUUCCCCAGUGGCUGACGGGGCACUCGAAUGCAACGGCCUCCCCCACUCCGUGACUCCCCCACCUCCUCCUCCAAUUUUAGAAGACAUCUCCUGUAAGGAGCUCCACUUCCCCUCAGAGAGCGGCAGCGGUAGCUCCUCCACCCACUCUGAGGAGUCCUACAUCAGCCGUGGCCCGCCCCUCUCCUCCCCCCCGUGCAUGUUUAACGGCCAUGCUGCCCUCCCCAUCCCGCUCUGUCUCCCCUCCCUUCCUCCCUCUAAGAAGAGGUCAGCGAAGCGUCAGAGAUCUCGUCAAGUGGAGCUGCGGUUAUCCUCCAGACAGACGAGGGGGGCUGUUAACUCUCUGCCCAGCCUGCAGCAGCUGAUCAAGGAAAACAAGGAGAUCAGCGUGGGGACUAUCGGCCCCACGGCCAUCACAGGACAUGUCUAAUCACACACACACACUUCAGACUGACUCAUAGACAGACACACACACACACACACACACCCUGGUAACAGACUUGGUUAGGGAGGUGUAAAGGGGUGUGGUCUCGCUCCAAAAUGGCCACAUCUCUGAACCACUUCUCUCAUGAGCACCCUGGCCCACAGUGGAACUCGGAAACCAUGACAUUAGUUGCCCAUCAACAGCCACCAUCCCCACCAAUCAAAGACCAUUUAACGGUCAUGUGCCUUUACUGUCCAUUCGAAAGCUUUCACCAAUGGAAAAAAUAAUAAAUUCAAAGUAUUUUUCUUUUUCUUUUCGGAGAGCAAAACUGUAAUGCUUCGAAGUGUUAUAAGAAAACCGACAUUCAAACAUGGGUGACCUGUUUCUACUGGACAAGUACAUUGCUCCAUAAGACCUAGGCGUCAGGGGCUUGUACUACAGCCCUGUGCCCAGAGAGGAGAAGGGCUGGCUGGGUAGAGCUACCGGAGACCCCUGCCUCUCCUGGGGCCUGUGAAAGUAGAGUAUGAAGCUGUAAGGAUGAAAUGUGUUGCAAUGAGAGAACUGUGCAGCAGGACUAGUUAUUUCUCUAACGCAUCCCUCCCUCCUUUCUCCUGUCCUCCAUUUCCACAUUCUGUUCAUUCUCUGUGUACUGUUCAGAGCUAGCUAACACUACUGCAGUUGUUGUUCAUAUGGGUGUUAACCCUUCACAUACCCCUGGCCCUCUGUCUCCCCCUCUCAGGCAGUCUAACCUAACACAACCAGCAGAGCUGAAUGAAGAUGCAGUGUGUGUGUGUGUGUGUGUGUGUGUGUGUGUGUGUGUGUGUGUGUGUGUGUGUGUGUGUGUGUGUGUGUGUGUGUGUGUGUGUGUGUGUGUGUGUGUGUGUGUGUGUGUUCAUGUCUCUGUCUCUCUAGCCAUGUUUAUCCAGCUGUGAUGCUAAGGAAGAAGCUCUAACUAUUGAACUAGUUUACAUAGUAGCUUGUCUCUCCAGUAAGACCUCUGAAAAUUGUAUGGGCUGGGCCCGAAAUACAUACACACACACACGCACACUAACAAACACACAGCCAGCUAAGAGAAAAGGGAUCUUGUACUGUUAAAAUACUGAAAAUCAGGAUGAAGUAUAUUCAAGAGUCAGUCAUUUGGGUUGAUUUUUUUCGGCCCAUUUUCAACACAUCUCUGCAUACAUUUUAAAGAUCACAUAUAACUGGUAUACUUGGGCCAUUCUGUUGCCUUCUACAGACCCCCUCAAACAUUUUAAGCCAUCCUUUGGGCUUUAUGUACCUAUUAUUUAUGGAGAUAUGGCCAUGUAACUCCUGUCCAAUAUGGCUCCAUGGGGCUGGUUGCCAUUUUGGAAAUGGCUGCCAGGGUGGUAAUACAAAACAUCUGUGGUGGCACUAGAGCUAAAAAAAAAACACUACUUGGGACUUGUUCUAGCUGUGUGUGAAAUGUGGUGCUUUUAUCACAAUCAACAAUUCCCCUCAAAUUUGAGGCUUAGCUGCUGGACUUUUUAUAGGCUGGUUGUUUAUGCACAUUGUGGCAGGAAGUCUCUGCAGCCAGAACCCAGUCAGUUAGUUGGGUUGUGUUUUUAUAUUGAGCUGUAGAUGAGCCAUGCUGAGAACUGAGUGUUGUGUGAUAUUGUAGUUGUUGUUGGGAACAGUUCAGUCUGAAGAUGUCAUAGCCCACACCCUCACUCUGUGGGUAGAAGUUGCCUUUAGUUACUGAUCUAAGAUCAGCUUUCCCUCCCCCAAUUCCUCAUGGUCACCAUUUGAAUCAACAAUGCAAUACUGAUCUUAGAACAGUGUCUAGGGGUAACUUCACUUUGAGAGCAGAUCCCCUGAGGUCCUAUUGAGGACGCUGUGAGGCCAGUUUUAUUUAUCUAUUUAUUUAUGUCCUGGCCUCACAGCAACCCCCACAUACUGUAGCCCAGGGGCACACACGGUACAGACAAUAAUAAUGGUUGCAAUUUAAACAUAUAUACAACCUUUCACACAAAGGUACAUGUACAUCAGAGGAGGCUGGUGGGAGGAGCUAUAGGAAGACUGGCUCGUUGUAAUGGCAAAAAAAAACCAUUUUAUUUAACUAGGCAAGUCAGUUAAGAACAGAUUCUUAUUUACAAUGACGGCCUAGGAACAGUGGGUUAACUGCCUUGUUCAGGGGCAGAACGACAGAUUUGAACCUUGUCAGCUCGGGGAUUCGAUCUUGCAACCUUUCGGUUACUAGUCCAACGCUCUAACCACUAGGCUACGCUGCCGCCCCAGGUAGCCUAGUGGGUCAAAUAACAGCUCCUCCCACCAUUAAAUGGAAUUAAUGGAACGGUAUCAAACACAAAGAAACCACAUUUGACUCAUUCCAUUUAUUAAAUCCCAGCCAUUACAAAGAGCCCAUCCUCCUAUAGCUCCUCCCACCAGCCUCUGAUGUACGUAUAUUGUACAUACAUACCACGGUACUGUGACAUACUGUGUGAUUUUUUUCCACUGGCUACCCGACACACUAUUUAACACGUUGGCUCAGGUGUUCACCUCUUUUGUGACCAAUAUUUGUUUUUACAAAGAUAUAGAGACAAGAUGUCCACCUUUUUAUAUUUCUGUGGUUUUGAGUCACCUCCACUGUCAUAACACACACACACACACACACACACACACAAACCUCUCUUAACUAGACCUCUAUCAGGGUACUGAGGGCCAUAACUAUAUCAGCCCCAGUAAUAAGACUGAAUAAUAUUCAAUAUGAACCAGCUACACCUAACAAAUCAGAGGGUGUGGGUCUGCUUCCUUUGUUGUUCAGUCCUUUGGGAAGAUGAAGUUAAAAGAGAAAUGUUUGAAGUCAUUGGUUCUGUGUCUGUGCAAGGAUGUGAUUGGCACGGCAAAGGGGAAAAUGUGAAAAAUCCCAUCUGUGUACUAUAUAUCUGUGUAGUGUGGGUGUGAUCUGAUGGCCUCUGAGUUGGGUUGGUUGUUGACUGAGAAAGAGACAGUGGAAAACCACAAACCAAAUAAACACUACACACUCCCUCUAUAGACCAGCCUCCCAGGUCCCCUACUCUACCCUCUCUACACCCUGACCUCUAACCCCUACACAGGUCAGAGUUCAGACACUGUGGCAAGAGCUCUUUUAAUUGAACCACUUCUCUUCCCUUUACCAUGAACGGCUCCUUUUAACUGGUCACCUCUACUUUCCUUACUAGCUGUCAUUCAUCCAUUCAUUUGUUGUUCAUUACUGUACAUUCACCCCACCUCGUAGGCAGGUAGUGGUUUUCAGAGGAUGAAUUUAAUAAAGGGAAUGUUGGGAAAGGGUUUCGAAUGCAAAACUUUAUCUGAAGAAGUGUUCCAUACCCAGCGAAUCAUGACCCUCUUUGUUUUGCUUCCUUUUUUUGAAGAAUGCGUAUGAUAUUAUACUUGUGUAUGUAUGCAUGGAAGUGUUUCACUGUGAGUGUUUCACUGUGAGUGUUUGUUUCACUGUGAGAGUGUUUUCUCUUGACAUGCAUGUGAGAGAGACACUGCAAAGCCCUAAUUUAACAGUGACUGGAGGCCCUUGGUGACCCCUGGGGCUCAGUGACUGGAGGUCCUUGGUGACCCCUGGGGCUCAGUGACUGGAGGUCCUUGGUGACCCCUGGGGCUCAGUGACUGGAGGUCCUUGGUGACCCCUGGGGCUCAGUGACUGGAGGUCCUUGGUGACCCCUGGGGCUCAGUGACUGGAGGUCCUUGGUGACCCCUGGGGCUCAGUGUGCACUGUUAUUAUUACUACCUUCAUGCCUUUUUAUUUUUCUACACUAAACCCUGUCUCAAGUGCUUUGUCCAUGCCUCCUUCUUUCUUUUCUUUCUUUCUUUUCUCUCACUGUGAGUACUCUGAGGAAGAGCUGCAUAGUAUUGUGCAACAGGAGCGUGAGUGUAACUACAAAGAUGUAGUGCCAUUAGAAACUGUGAAUUUCUAAAUAAAACCUUUUUGUCUUUCA